AUGUCUGUCCGUCCAAAGGAGUGUCCAGUUCAGUCCCAGGUCUGCAGCUAUUUGGCCAGAACGGUUCUGUCAAUGACAGCUAUGGGUCUUUUAAAACGUAGCCGUAAGCCCGAAAAGGGAUUGUAUGGAGCAUUGGAUAUACUUGUAGAUACCGCGACAGGUCCAUCGCCAUAUAUAGUAAAUCUAUCUCCAUUUAGUCCUCGACUAUUAUUCUGGGCCAUGCCGGCCAUCUUUCAUCGUAUGAAGAAGGAUGAUGAACAUUCGAUAUCCCUAAUCCUGACAAUGGGCUAUGGCUGGUGGUGUGGUAUAUCCACGGUUGGCAUUGAUAUGACUUAA